AUGGAAAUGAUGGCUACCGCGCGAGAGAAAUACGGCUCCGCACUUCGACAAACCGGAAAGCUUAUCCGACCUCCGCACACUCCCAGCAUAGAUGUAACGAUGAGAUCCGUUGUCGCGCUCGCCAUGUUCGAGGUCGGUUACCUUCUGCCCGUGGCCUCUACACCACUUGUGGUCACCGUUGCUGUUAUGCCUGUUAGCUAA